GAGCGGCGCCGCCGAGCGCGCCCCAGGCCGGCGGACCCCAGCCAUGUCGCGCGGCUUCCGGCUCCUGCUCCUGAGCUGCGUCUGCAGCCUGGCGCCCGCGACGCGGGAGAUGAAGGUGGCUUGUUCCGAGGCUGUGGACUUGCCGUGCACCGUCCACGUGGACCCUCAGGGCCCCUACAAAGUCUUCUGGGCCAAGCUGAUGGAGGGUGGCAAGGAGUGGACUGAGGUGCCCCAGGAGGGUCUGCAGUACCACCGGCAGAAGGAAGACUCCUUGGAGGCCCCCGGUGAGGGGCUGUACUUGAAGAUCCAAAACACUAGUCGCUGCCACACGGGGACAUACAGGUGCACCGUGGAGGAGCAGGACGGGCAGAGAAACCAAAGCGGCACAGUGACCUUGAAAGUGACAGGUUGCCCUAAGGAACCCAAAGAAGAGACUUUUCAGAAAUACCGAGCUGAGAUUGUACUGUUGUUGGCUCUGGUUGUCUUCUACUUAACACUCAUUAUUUUCACUUGUAAGUUUGCACAACAACAGAGUAUUUUUCCAGAUUUUUCUAAGCCUGUCAUGGAACGAGCUUUUCUCCCAGUCACCUUCCCACAGAAACAUCUGGAGCCAGUGACUCUUCACAAGACAGAACUGGUAUGAGCAGGAUUUCUGCAGGUUGUUUUUCCAAAAGUCGAAGAAGGCUCAGUGGUACGCCUGGACGUCCCACAGGACAAGAGAAGAAUGAGCCCCACACCGAAGAAGGCAUCCUGCCUGUGAAGUCCUUCUGAAACCCCUGACAGUGGGUCUCAGCCCACUUUUUGUGAGCAGGACUUCAGAAACCAUUACGUGACCACGUAGCCUGGGGCCACCUGCAGGAAGUCCCUAGUACUGCUGCCUCACAACUACCUUUCUUAGCAUUUUCCUCAGCUAUCUGGUCAACCUCUUGGAAAUCUUUUCAGUCAUAUACAAGCUAUGGUGAGACGCAGUUGGAAGAGGGUCUUGGGAAAUACGGACCCGGAGCUGGCCCUGUGAUAGACUCUUGAGGACCGCUGUCCUCUGCACAUCUGGGAAACAUCUCUUUGAAUUUGCUUGUGUUUUCUUGUACUAGCCCAGAUGGUUUAUGUCUGGGAGAAAUCGACAGGCCAAACUGUGAGACAGCGGGGAAUAUUUAGCAAAUAAUUUCCCAGUGUGAAGGCUCUGCUUUUACUAAGGAGUAUUGUGUGUACAUAGAAAUAACAAGUUGAUGAACUGUUCCCCAAUGGGGCUUUUUCAUCUGUGAAAGACACCCAUAAAGAAGCAAUAAAGAAGAAUGCCACAUUUAUUUUUAUAUCCAUAGAUACCUGUCAAAGAAGGAUUUGUUUUUUGUUCUCCUUUUGAAAUCUACAUCUAUGGUUAUGUGUCAGGGCUGAUGGACAAGUGACCUCAGUAUGGAGAGUGAGUGAGAUGUCAGAGAGGUCAGAGAACAUGACCACAGGACAGCCAGCUAGGUGAUGACCUGUUGGAGAUGCUGGACCAAUCAUGCAAUCUGGGUUCUAGCCCCGGUUGUCCCACUACCUGACUGUAUGAUCUUGAACAGGGUCCUCAUGAUUUCUACUUUCUCAGUUGUAAACCGAAAGGUUGUUGUCUGAGUUGAUUGCAAUAAUGUAUGUGAAAAUGCUUUGGGAAAGCAUAAAGCACUAUAAAAAUUUGAAGCUCCA